CAGAAAGACCGUCGAGAUUAGCUGCUUUACUUUUCAACUACUCCAACAUGGUCAGCACAAGUUCUAGAUUGUGAGGGCAAGUCAAAGAGGUUGGCGCUUUCCAUAAUCAAAUCCGCAUGCUUCUCUUCUCAUGGAAAUUCUAUAAAUACCAUCUGUCGUACAUAGUUUUAAAUCCAAAUUCAUUCAUCACUUGCCAAAUUCCUCCUCCAGCUAAAUCAAAACAAGCUUGUCUGAAACAGAUAUUUAUAACGAUGAUGACGAUUAUGGAAAGCAGCAUAGCAGAUGUCUUGGUGAAGGUAGCCAUGUUCAUACUGAUUCAGGGUUUGGUGUAUCUCAUCCUUUCCAACUCAUCAAACAUCUUCUCCAAAACCACCAGGAGAUCGCAUAGCUUCAAACCAGCUCGCUCUGUAAGCAUCCGUCGGAUGCUUGCUGCUCUUGCCGACUUACCCGCCGGCGGUGAGCUCUCUCCUUCAUCAAAUUAUUCGUGGGAUAAUUUGCAGUCUCCUCGUAGCCAGGAAAAUGCAACGCCUCGAUACUCCUAAUCAGCAUGCAUAUUCCAUUUGGAUUUUUGUACAAGAUUGUUAAUAUGUUUGCUUAAAUAUAUAUGUUUUUGAGUUUGAGAGAUUCAUUUGUUCUUUGAUUAAAUAUGUAUUCAAUAUUAUUGACAAUAGCAUUUUGAUACAAUAAGCGUUUGCCAAUUUAAA